CCCCUUGCCGGCGGAUGGGGACUGCAUUUCCUAUGGUGCCCUGCAACCCCGCCGGCGCGGAGCCUUUAGGGGAAUGAAGUCUUUUUUUCAAAGAACUUGACACCGGGCUGGAUACAGGCCCCUGCAUCUUGACAGAUUCGAGGGUUUGGAGGGACAAGAACCUAGAUGUGGAGCCCGAAUUUGAGGGUGUGACUAAUUUGAUGCGGAGGGUACCUUUGAGGAUCGCUGAGGGGAAAGUGUGCUGUAGACUCUCGCUUUCAUCACGCGCUUCUUCUGCGGCCACAGCCCCCCUGGGGUGGGCCUGAUUUGUUCCUGACCCUAGCAGGCGCACCCCGGGACGGGGCGGAGUCGGGGUGUUGUGGGGCCGGGAGGUCGGGCUGCCGGACCUAGGGGCAAACUGAGCUGAGUGUUGAGGAGGCUGUCUGGAAUUCAAAGGUCAGAGGUCAAUGUCGCGAGUUGUUGUGGGGAAUCGAAAGUCGGAGGGGUGCUAAGGAGAGACUCAGGUAGGGACUGAAUAGUCGGAGUACAGAUUGGUGGGAAAGGGGCUUGGAGGGAGGAGAGGCGAGGGCUGAGAGGUCGCGUAGUGCCGGGGGAGGCGGGGAGACUUAGGACAGAAGACUGAAGGGGAAAGGAAUCCUCUAAGUCUUAGAGACCCCGGGCCCGUCACUAUUGGUCACUUAGACGGGCCUCCCGCAGUUGCAACCUCAGUUGUCCGCAGGGUGAGGAGAUGGCUUCUCCCUCUAGACAGGCCCCCCUUGGCGGGUCAGGACUGCUUCAAGGGAGCCGGGCUCGUUCUUAUGGAAGCCUGGUGCAGUCUGCCUGCUCCCCGGUGAGGGAAAGACGCCUGGAGCAUCAGUUGACGCCCGGAGACACCCUGGCUGGACUAGCACUCAAAUACGGGGUGACGAUGGAACAGAUUAAGCGUGCAAACCGCCUUUAUACUAAUGACUCGAUCUUCCUGAAGAAAACCCUCUACAUCCCCAUCCUGACAGAACCCAGAGACCUGUUCAAUGGUUUGGAUUCUGAGGAAGAGAAGGAUGGAGAGGAAGAGGUACAGCCAAGUAAGGAUGAAGUUGGGCCACACUCAGCUGAGAGGAAGAAACAAGAGACAGGUUCGGGACAUGCCAAUGGUGAAGUCCUUCCCACACCUGGCCAGGAGCCCCCCAUUCACGACCUCUCUGCCUCUGAUUUCCUUAAGAAGCUUGAUUCACAGAUCAGCUUGUCAAAGAAGGCUGCUGCCCAGAAGCUGAAAAAGGGGGAAAGUGGGAUACCUGGGGAGGAUUCAGGUCUUCACCUGAGCUCUCCUCGGAUGCAACAACGAGCAGUCCUAGGUCCCGUGCCUCUGACCCGGACCUCUCGGACCCAGACACUUCGGGACCAGGAGGAUGAAAUCUUCAAACUCUGAUGUCUCCAGAACUGAUUGAGAGAAGCCAGAUGUUGAAGGAGCAACUUGAGGGAGAGAGGAGCCUGAGGUGAGGCUCAGGAACAUGGCCUCCCAGCCCACCUCCCUUACUCCUGCCAUCUUCUGAGCCUCCUUGUCUGUCAGGAGUUCCUUGGUCUGGAGCAGUUCUAUUGGCAAGGGUAGGGGAUGGGAAAUAGACCCCUUCUCAGUUCUGGGGCUGAAUCUAGAGUUGUCCUUUAGAUUCAAAAGGCUCUUUUAACAUCCCUGCUGCCUUUCCCAUCCCUUUCACCAUUCCUUGGCCUUAGAGCAGGGAGGCAGGGACUCUCACAGACCCGAACUUCCUCCCCAUCUCCAACUAUGUUACCUAAUUUAUUUGGUGCUAUAUUGAAGUAUUAUUUAUUUGCUAUAUCUUAUUCUUUCCCACUAUUAGCUGAAAAAUGGGAUUUCUGUAGCCCUGGGAUGAGGGGAACCCAGGAACAGUAAGUGAGCCAGUGACUCUUGGCCCACCUUCCCCACCUUCUUAGCCAGCCAUGUUAUUGAGAACGGGCAAUCAGUGAUCUAGCCCCGCUGCAGGGAGUGGCAGACUGUGCCUCGCCCCCAAUCUCAAAUGAAAGAAUUUGGGCUCAGUCUUGACUAACCAGGUCACUAUAACUUUUUCACAACUCUUGCUCUGAGAAAAAAACAGCGAUGUAGGGUCCUGAACUCUCCAUGCCACCAGUUCACCCUUCUAAUCUGCUUCUCUGUUCAGCCUGUGUGAGGCUAAGGGAUGGAAGAAGAAUUGCCAUGGAGUUUGAGGAGGAGGACAGUUGUGGGAGUCUUUUUCUUAUAUCCUCUCCCGACCAGAGCCUAUUGAUCUAUGUCUUGCUCCUCACUGCAUAUUUAUUUGCAAUUUGUAGCACUGAUCUGCGGUACAGUUUUUUUGAGUUUCUUAAACAGAAGAAGUAGGCAAGGGAACCCCAGUGAUGCUGGAAAUAUGCCUCAGUCUCCUGUAUGGAAAUGGUGAGAGGUGGGAUGAGUGGUGUUUACAUACCUCUUUCCUCUGUGAUGAUCAUAAGAUACAAGAAGCUGCAGAGAUUAAACAUUGAGCCCUGUGCA